AUGACUUUUUCAGAGAUAAUAUCUACAAAGAACACCGGAACACGCCGAUCUGUUGCUCAACCUCCAAUGGCGCCGAAAACUAAAAACCCUUUGAUUUAUGAUGGUGCCGGUCUGAAGCGCAAAACCUCGCGCAAAAAUGUCAGCAUAGAUUCCGCGGAUGAAGUGCACAUGUCUACAGACCAGUCGGAAGAUGAAAAGCCGAUCGUCCAAUCCGCGCAAAAAAAACGCAGCCGCCCGGAACCUGAAGAAAGCGACCUUAGUGAUGGAGAGGUCAUCAUCGUCAGGACCCCAAAGAAAAAAGCCAGCAAGAACCAAAGUCGGCCUGAGACUGUUGAAACUGACGAUAGCGACACCACCGAGAUGAUCACCAAAGAAAGAGCUCGGAAGAACAAAAAGGCACGUAGCCACGUUGAGACUGUAGAAAGCGAUAGUGACGUCGAAGUGAGCUCCAAGGAUAAGGCGAGGAAAAAAUCCAACAAGCGUUACGUGUGCAUCGAGGAAUCCGAAAGUGAUGACUCCGAUAGAGCGGUGGUUGUAAAAAACCGAGCACGAGGUCAAUCUUCUUCAAAGCAUCCCACUGACGCCAAGAAACCGGCCAUCGUGGCGAAGCGGGCUAAAAGGGAAAUCGAUCAAGAUGAUAGAAGUGAGAAGAUAUCGGUGGAGGAUGCGGUAGAGAAAACGCCGAACCCUGUCUUCACCAAGAAGUCCCGAAACGAAGGCGUAGUCGUAGGGCAAGCCCCCACUGAUCUACAGCUUGACGAGGAAGUUCUAGAAAAAAAGACCAAGACGAUGGACUCAUAUGCGGCUGCGUACAAGCCCGUGGCACCGGACGACCCCUACGCCGUCCUCGUUCCUCGGUAUAUGCCUCGUCCACAAAAAUGCAUAACCGUGCUGCUGUGCAAUGACUAUCAACUGGGUAAUUUUGGAGCGACGAUGCGGGUCCUCGUCCUGUUAAUAAAUUUAGCAGGAUGGGCAUUGGCCGAUAUUUUUAGCUGUGGAGGUUAUAUUCAAAGCCCGGAACCGAUCGACUUUUCAAAAAUUAAAAUUCAACUCUACACCACUGACAAUCACUUGAAGCAAGAAGAAGAAGUAAAUGCACAGAACGGAUAUUACAUGCUGCCCGUAUACCAAAAAGGCACCUAUUCGCUCCGGGUAUCCACCAAAGAAGGUUAUCAUUUCGCUCCCUCGGCAUUUGAACUGGUGUUGAAUGGGGUUGAUGAUCCUUGCACGAAGAAUCAGGAUAUCAACUUUAAAAUUCAAGGCUUUGAGAUUACUGGGUCCGUUCAAAGCCAAAAUGGCCAAGGGCCUACUGGCUUGGCAAUGGCAUUGAUCAAGGACAAUCAACAAGUUGCGAAGACUCUAACCAAGGAGGGCGGAAAGUACACCUUCGUUGCCCUACCAGGCGAAUAUGAGGUAUCUACAGCGUCUGAAAGUUCUGUCUGUGUCGCCAAGGGCCGAGCGAAAAUUACGGUUAAAAACGCUCCAGUACAACUAUCAGAACCGUUGAAAGUUUAUGGAUACCCAAUUCAAGUGAACCUGGAGCAAAGCGGAAGGGCAAUGAAAGAUGUUACAAUUGAGUUGCAUACCGCUGAGAAAUUGGAGCUGCCUGGAUGCAAACCUGUCGAUAAGGCCCCUAAAGGAUUGGCCACAAAGUUCGUGUGUCCAAUUAGGGCGACGGAUUCGGAGGGAAAGACUAUGGUCGAUUGCGCGCCUCCCGGAACCCACUACAUCGUCGCAAAAUACGAAACUCCCACCACGAAAAUUUACUUCGAACCGGAGGCAUUGAAACUGGAUGUGGUCGACCAGAAAUUAUCCGUAACAAUCAAAGCUGUCGGCCUAUCCGCUAAAGGCCGUGUCCUGCGUGGAUCUCAAGGAUUGUCAAAAAUCGAAAUUCAUGCGAACGACAAAUUGAUCGGAUCUUCUGAUUCGGAAGGCUACUUUGCGCUGGAAAAGAUUCCGGAAGGAAGGCUAAAGCUCACUGCCAAGGCUGACCACUCCACAUUCUCGGUGGUAAACGCUGAUGUCACCUUUGGAAACCCGAAAAUUCCGGAUAUUCAGCUUAUUGGAUAUGACCUAUGCGGAACAGUCAAAUCCGGUGAUGGCAAGUCUGAGCAGAUCCUUGUGAAAGGCAAAUCCGUCGAGGAGGUUAUUACACCAAAAAGUGAUGGCAAAUUCUGCAAAACGCUGCCACCGGGAGAAUAUAUUGUCAAGCCCAAAUCGCAAGAAUCCGGUCUGACCCCGCGCGAGGUUUCCAUCGAUCUGACGAAUGGCCCCAGACUCGACUUGACCUUUUCUCACUUCAAGACAAAUGCUAAAGUGGCGUUUGAAUGUCUGGGACCAUGCGAAGAGAAUACGGUCCAAUUGAUUUAUGGAUCCACCCUCAUCCAGACGGCUCAUGGCAAAGAUGUCGCUGUGUUCACCGACAUCGCUCCCGGCACAUAUGAUGUGAAAGUUGUUGCCAACGGAAAAAUUUGCUGGUCAUCUACACUCCUGCAACUACAGGUGGAUUUCGCCGAACCGGCUCCCAUCAAAUUCGAGCAGCAAGGCUUCCGCACGAACGUCAAGCUCAGCCAUCCUACACCAUUGAAAUGGGUGCACACCACCCGUAAAGAUUUGCACGGCGAACAUGCUGGUGUUUCCGGGCCCAACGAAUUCUGUGUGCCACUACAAGGGACCUACCGUAUUUCGCUUUAUUCCUGCAGAACCUACGAUCGUCCGACGUUCGAAAUUGAGGUACCGAGUGACCAAGUCUAUGAAGCCCGCGCCAUUGACGCUAGCGUUAAAGGGAACGUUGCCGGUUCCGGAUCUGCUGAUAUCAAGAUUCGCGUCGAAGCCCCCUCUGGCCAUCAAGACGUGAAAGUGGUCAAUGGUGUCUUCAGCUUCCGCCUGCCAAUCGCACAAAAAGGAGAUGUUUUGCUCGUUCCUCAAUCUCCGACUCAUCUCUUCCAACCAACCUCUGGCUCAUUCCGAUUCAACGGGGAAUGCCUGGAAAAUGUUGCCAAUUUUAAGGCCAACAAAGGAAUAUACGUCGAAGGAAAGAUUACCCCAGCCGUGGAAGGCGUCGAGAUUGUUGGCCAACACACCAAGGAUAGGGCUGUGAAAUUCCAAGCAAAGACCGACAAGUCUGGCGCCUACAGGAUUGGCCCUGUAAUCAGUGAAGACGAAUUGGACAUUACGGCGCAGUUGGAUGGCUACAUUCUGACUGCCGUAUCCGGAAAACACGGCCAUUUCACGAGUUUGCGAUUGAGCCGUCUCUCUGUGGUAGUGACGGAGUUGGGACAACCUGAUUCUCGUCUGGAGGGCGUGCUGUUGAGCGUUGUCGGCAGUGACUACCGUAGCAAUAAUAUGAUCGACAAAACCGGAGAGCUCAGCUUUGUCGGGCUGGCCCCUGGCGACUAUUACGUCCGCCCAAUCCUUCAAGAAUUCAAAUUCGAACCUUCACAAAUUACGGUUAAAGUGGCUGAAGGUGAACAUGUGAACAUUGAGCUGAAGGGCAAACGAGUCGAAUGGAGCUGCUUUGGGCAAGUUUUGGACAUGAACGGCCGCCCGGCUACAGAUGCCGUUGUACAAGCCGUCGCUGCUGACUGUGAUCAACACCAAGCUGAUGCCACUGUAGAACUGGAAGGCAGCUACCGUAUUCGUGGGCUCAAACCGCAGUGUGAGUACAAGAUUACUCUAAAGACAACACCAAACUGGGGGACCGUUGAGCAUUCAUUCCCAGAAUCAUAUGUGGUCAAAAUGAAGGAAGAGCAUAUUCACAAUAUUAAGUUCUCGGAAGGUCCACUCCCUGUCGGGUAUGAGAUCAUUGGUGAGUUUGAUACUUCCGGAUUACCAACUCCACCAAAGACUGUCAAGAUGUCCCUGUUGCAUAAUCAGGAGGUGGUUCACAAAAGCGUCCUCUACGAUAUGGUGUGGGCCAUGUCAAACCUAACCUAUAGUUCCGCAUCUACAUUCGCCAUUCGGGUCGAAGCCGAGCAACCGCCCAGACUUUUCACAACCAAAGAGUUUUCAUUCCAAGCUGAAGGGUCUUUAAAAGUCGUGAAAAUGCAACUAUCUGAUGCCAAAAAAUCGUCAGAGACAUUAUCAAUCCCAUACAGCCAAAUCCUUGCUAUCCCGUUCUUCGCGGUCCUGCUUCUCGCUAUUCUAAAUCCGGAGAAGGUGCUCGAGUUGCUCAAACGUGUUCGACAAUCGUCUGCCAGUCCUUCGGUGCAAACGAAAAAGCGAUUG